AUGGCCAUCAGUGGCCUUGGUGGAAUCGGGAAGACUCAAGUGGCAUUGCAGUUCGUAUAUUUUGUCAAGGAGAACUAUCCAGAAUUUUCCAUCUUCUGGCUACAGGCGAUGGGCAUGGAGAGCUUCAAGGAGGGCUACAUGGGGAUUGCACAAGCUAUAGGAAUACACCAAAAGUUGGAGAACGAAGAGGACCUGAUGGUGCUUGUCCAGCAACGGUUAUCUUCAAAGAGCGCAGGAAAGUGGCUUCUAAUUGCUGACAACGUUGAUGACCUGGACUUACUGCGUGGGCAAGAUCAAAUGAAAGGCCUGCUGAACCUGUUACCAGAAAGUGAUGAUGGCCUGAUUCUAUUCACGACACGACACGGAGCCAUUGCCCAGCAUUUAGCUGGCAGCGAUAUUAUUGACCUAGGGAAUAUGACAGAACGAGAGACGAUAGACUUGCUGGAGAGGUCAUUGAUUCGAAAGGGCGACUCACAUGGCAACAAAGACACGAUGGAUCUCCUCGUCGAGUUAGAAUUCCUCCCUUUGGCUGUUAAACAGGUAGCAGCGUAUGUGAACACAAACAGAAGCUCUAUAUCGGAGUAUCUAAGCUUGUUGAGGAACACACCGGAAGAGGCCAUCGCGAUCGUGAGCACGGAUUUCAGUGAUAAAAUGCGCUACCCAAAUUUGGCAAGCGGAGUUGCGAAGACAUGGACAAUAACGUUCAAUAGGGUUCUCCAGCUCGACCCGAUAGCGGCAGAUCUCCUCAAGUUCAUGUCUUGCAUCGCAUGGAGGGCAAUUCCACACUCAAUUCUACCCUCAACCUACUCCGACGUACAGCUAGCAAGGGCCAUCGGCCUACUUUGCUCGUUUUCGCUUAUAGAGAGAAGGAACCAUGGCACUAAACUCGACAUGCAUAGGCUGGUUCAUUUAGCGACCAGGUUGUGGGUUGCAAAAAGUGGCCAACAAGGGGAGACAACGAUGGCGGCAUUCAAACAACUCUCGGAAGUUUUUCCGUCUCACUAUUACACCGAUCGUGAAACAUGGCGCGAAUAUAUGCCACACGUGGCAUAUUUAGAGCGGUAUAACCUGCAUCAUGAUUCUGCCGAGAGAGCUGAGCUCUGUAUGAGAGUCGGGAAGUGUCUUUUGGUUGAUGAGCGCGUGAAAGAAGCCACUGUCUGGCUGCGGCAGUCUUGUGAAUGGAGGGAAAAGAAUCUUUCCCCACAUCACACGCAAAGACUCACUUCACAGCGUUAUCUCGCAAUGGCAUAUCGACAAAGCGGGCAGCUCAAAGAGUCAAUGGAGCUCCUUGAGUAUGUUGUUGCAAUGGCAGUGGCUGUUUUAGCAGAGGAUGACCCAGAUCGCUUGGUCUCGCAGUACCAACUUGCGGUAUCUUAUCAAGCAAACGGACAGACCGAAGAAUCGAUCAAGCUUCUAGAAAAUAUUGUUUGUAUACAAACUCACCUGCUGCCACAUAAUGAUGACAGACGACUUGGGUCACAGCACAUGCUCGCAAUGGCAUAUCAAACAAAUGGACGAGUCCAGGCAUCAAUUGAACUGCUCGAACACAUUACUAGUGCGGAGGCAGAAAAGCUCGCAGAGGAUGAUCCCAAACGAUUGUCAUCACAGCACACACUCGCGAUGGCAUAUUCUGAAAACAGUCAGAUUGAAGAAGCAAUCAAACUUCUGACGCAUGUUUGUACCAUUAAAGCAAAAUCUUUCGCAGAAAGUCAUCCAAACCGGCUGGUGUCAGAGUACGCGCUUGCGAUGGCAUAUAAGGACAACAGUCAGAUUGCCGAAUCAAUCAAACUCCUGAGACAUAUUACUACGACAGAAGCGACAUUUCUCGCAGAAGACGAUCCAUAUAGAUUGAUGUCAGUUAAUGAACUCGCUUCUUGCUAUGAACUCCUGCCGAAGGAAUCUGGAACGGAUCAGCCGACCGCAUCUUUCGUGGGGAAGUUUCCAGCAGAUCAAGGAGGCCAACCUGUGCUGAGCCGAGAAUCGUGGGGAUCAGAAGUGACCUGGAAUGCUUUCACCACUUCCGCCACGGGUUUUGAUCAGGUGCCGGAGCAUCAGGAACUGGGGUUGAGGAGUACAUCUAGAAGUCUGCUUUCUAGACCGAGGGAGAGUGUUCUUGGGAAACGAAAGAAGUAG